AUGAAGGCAAUAAGUUUAUUCUUCUUGGUGGGAUUUAUAGGAGAGUUCCAAGUUUUUUCAAGUGCCUCCUUGCCAGUCAAUUGCCAGUGGGCUUCCUAUGCCCCUUGGUCAGAAUGCAAUGGUUGUACCAAGACUCAGACUCGCAGGCGGUCAGUUGCUGUUUAUGGGCAGUAUGGCGGCCAUCCCUGUGUUGGAAGUGCUUUUGAACCACAAUCGUGUGAACCUACACGAGGAUGUCCAACAGAAGAGGGAUGUGGAGAACGUUUCAGGUGUUUUUCAGGUCAGUGCAUCAGCAGAUCUUUGGUUUGCAAUGGGGAUUCUGACUGUGAAGAGGACAGUGCUGAUGAAGACAGGUGUGAGGAUGCAGAAAGCAGGCCUUCCUGUGACCUUGAUAAACCUCCUCCCAACAUAGAACUUACUGGACAUGGUUACAAUGCGCUCACUGGCCAGUUUAGGAACAAAGUCCUCAACACUAAAAGUUUUGGUGGUCAAUGCAGAAAGGUGUUUAGCGGGGAUGGGAGAGAUUUCUACAGACUGAGCGGAAAUAUCCUCUCCUAUACAUUCCAGGUGAAAAUAAAUAAUGAUUUUAAUUAUGAAUUUUACAAUAGUACCUGGUCUUAUGUAAAACAUACAUCAACAGAACAUUCAUCAUCUAGUAAAGGACGCUUCCUCUUUUUUAGUUCUUCAUCUUCUUCAUACAGUUCCUCUUCAAAUAUUGAAGAAAUCCAUAAGGAAAAGAGUUAUCAGUUGUUGGUUCUUCAGAACACUGUUGAAGUGGCUCAGUUUAUCAAUAACAAUCCGGACUUUUUACAACUUGCUGAGUCAUUCUGGAAGGAACUCUCCUACCUUCCCUCUCUGUAUGACUACAGCGCCUAUCGAAGACUGAUCGACCAGUAUGGGACACAUUAUCUUCAGUCUGGGUCCUUAGGAGGAGAAUACAAAGUUAUCUUUUAUUUGGACUCAGAAAAAAUCAAACAAAGCGGUCUUAGUUCAGAGCAGAAGAAGAAAUGUGCUUCCUCACAUAUCAAUUUUUUGUUUAAAUCAUCAGAGCACAAAUGCAAGGAGAUGGAAGAGACCUUAAAAUUGGUUUCAGGAACUCAGGGCAAUGUGUUACGAGGGGUCCCAUUUGUCAGAGGGGGACGUCCUGGCCUUGUGUCUGGCCUUAGUCACCUGGAACUGGACAAUCCUGCUGGAAACAAAUGGAGAUAUUCUCGCUGGGCAGGAUCUGUGACUGAACUUCCCCAAAUCAUAAAACAAAAGCUGACACCUUUGUAUGAGCUGGUAAAGGAAGUACCCUGUGCCUCUGUGAAAAGGCUAUACCUGAAACGGGCCAUUGAGGAAUAUCUCGAUGAAUUUGACCCCUGUCAUUGCCGGCCUUGUCAAAAUGGUGGCAUGGCCACUGUUAAGGGGACCCAGUGUCAGUGCCAUUGCAAACCAUACACGUUUGGUGUGGCGUGUGAACAAGGAGCCCUCGUAGGGGAUCAAGCAGGAGGGGUUGAUGGAGGGUGGAGCUGCUGGUCCUCUUGGGGCCUCUGUGUUCAAGGGAAGAAAACAAGGAGACGAGAAUGCAAUAACCCACCUCCCAGUGAGGGUGGGAAAUCCUGCAUUGGAGAAACGUCAGAAACCAGACAAUGCGAAGACCAGGACUUGGAGCAUUUGCGAUUGCUUGAACCACAUUGUUUUCCUUUGUCUUUGGUUCCAACAGAAUUCUGUCCAUCACCUCCUGCCUUGAAAGACGGAUAUGUUCAAGAUGAAGGUGCCAUGUUUCCUGUUGGGAAAAACAUAGUGUAUACUUGCAAUGAAGGAUACUCUCUUGUUGGAGACCCUGUUGCCAGAUGUGGAGAAAAUUUACAGUGGCUUGUUGGGAAAAUGCAUUGUCAGAAAAUUGCCUGUGUUCUACCUGCACUGAUGGAUGGCAUACAGAGUCAUCCCCACAAACCUUUCUACACCAUUGGUGAGAAGGUGACCUUUUCCUGUUCAGGUGGCAGGUCAUUAGAAGGUCCUUCGACAUUUCUCUGCGGAUCCAGCCUUAAGUGGAGCCCUGAGAUGAAGAACGCCCAGUGUGUGCAGAAAGAUGCCCCUUUGGCACCGGAAGCGCCUGAAUGUCAGCGCUGGGAGAAACUGCAGAAUUCAAGAUGUGUUUGUAAAAUGCCUUAUGAAUGUGGAUCCUCCUUGGAUGUGUGUGCUCGAGAUGAGAGAAGCAAAAGGAUACUGCCUCUGACAGUCUGCAAGAUGCAUGUUCUCCAAUGUCAGGGUAGAAAUUACACUGUUGCUGGUAGGGAGAGCUGUACUCUACCUGCCUCAGCUGAGAAAGCUUGCGGUGUGUGUCCACUAUGGGGAAAAUGUGAUGCCCAGAGCAGCAAAUGUGUCUGCAGAGCCGCCUCGGAGUGCGAAGAAACAGGGUUCAGCGUCUGCGUGGAGGCGAAUGGCAGCGAGCGGACGAUGACAGAGUGUGAGGCCGGCGUCCUGAGAUGCCGAGGGCAGAGCAUCUCCGUCACCAGCAUCCGGCCCUGCGCCACCGAGGCCCCGUAG